AUGGCGCGGAGGAUGUACCGCGCCGCCGCCGCCGCCGCCGCCCCCGGUGGCGUCGCGCGCGUCCAUCUGAAGCGGAGGCUGUUCGAGCUCUCCCUCAGCGUCCUCAUGGAAGGCAUAGCUCAGACCAAGACCACGCGGCCCGAGGCGGACGCGGACACGGACAUGUCCGUGGAGGCGCAGGAGUACAAGCAUGUCCUCGACGAGCUCAACCCGCUGCUCGGCGCGGCCAACCGGUGGGACUACUUGCCGGCGCUCCGGUGGUUCGACGUGUUCGGCGUGCAGCGCAAGAUCCUGGCCGCGGUGAACAGGAGGAACGCAUUCAUCCGUCGGCUCAUUGACGCGGAGCGGCAGAGGUUAGACGACGACGACGACAGCCGCAGCCAUGGCGAGAAAAGGAGCAUGAUUUCUCUGUUGCUCACUCUGCAGAAGACAGAUCCAGACGUCUACACGGAUAGCGUGAUCACGAAACUUUGUGCAAGUAUGGAACAGAGACUACAUCAACCACAAUAGAAUGGGCAGUGUCGCUUCUACUGAACCAUCCAGACACACUCAACAAAGCACGAGCUGAAAUAGACUAAUUCGUUGGAAACUCUCGGUUGAUCACAGCAGACGACGUGCCUCGUCUCCUAUCUCCAAUACAUCAUCAGCGAGACGUUCCGUCUCCACCCCACGGUACGUACCAUUGCUGCUACCUCACGAGUCAUCCGCGGAUUGCAGCAUCGGCGGCUACCACAUCUCGAGCGGAACCAUGCUGCUCGUCGACGGGGUUGCGAUUCACAGGGACCCGGCGGUUUGGGUGGAGCCGGAGAGGUUCAAUCAGGACAGAGAGGUUCGAGAAUGGCGAGUCCGAUGGGUUGCUCGUGUUGCCAUUUGGGAUGGGGAGGAGGAACUGCGGAAGUGUCCCGGGGAGACAUUGGCAUUGUGAACGGUUGGGUUGGUGCUAGGAACACUGAUCCAAUGCUUCGAGGGCAACUCUUCGGUACAUACUACCAGUAAAAAAAAGUAUUAUUGUACUUUGUUAAUUACUUAAUUAAUAUUAUU